AUGCCGAACCAGCCGAUCAAAAGUUCGGCCCGGUCACCACUAAUAUGGGGCCAUUCGCUCAACGAGGACGAUCUAUGGACGCUUGAGAUGAAUAAGAGCCUCGCGCGGCGGCUGGGCGAGACAUGGUGUGCGCAGUUCAUUCAUUACUUCUUCGUACUUGGUACAGAUCAAUAUUGGAUCUACCCGCCGCCAACGGGUCCCGAUGGAACAUAUGGCCCCACCGCCUACCCGUCUGGACCCCCUAGCGCUCCACACGUCGGGUCUCCAACUCGUCCCCGCAAUUCUAUACACUACUUUGAAGGUGCUGAUAGUGUCUGGUGGAUGCGCGCCGCCGAUCACCUGCAGUCUAUGCCUGUUUUGGGUCGUCAGGCCAUUUCAUGGAGGUUGCCGAUUCGGACUGGCCCCGAGAGCUCGUAUUCGAUGCUGCAUGCUCCCUGUCGGACUGAUUACGGCGGCCCGCGUCGCUGGCCGGAUGACCGCAGCCAAAUUGAAAAUGAUGAACCCCUCUCCCAAUCGGUCGACGUAUCUGGGCAAUUACUUCAAGAGAAGAGCCGUACAUACCCUGUUCUACAAGCUCCAGGGCUAGGGCAAGUUCUCUAUUUUCCGUAUUUCCCGGCGUAUCCCACCUUCGGGCCCCAACCCCGCGGCUGGGCAUACAGGGAUUGCCCCUUCGAAGCCACGGCUCUGGAAAAGAAUCGAGUGAUCUUUUGGGACCAGUUACGACAUCUGAAUCUUUGCGCCCUGAUUGAGGAACUAUGCCCUGACAGGCUGCCAAGGUGGGGUCACUUCCCUGGUCCCAAUUUCCAACAUCGUCCCAUGCAACGCUUUAUCCGCCGCCCUACGGUCUACCUACCAGCUAUUCCACUUCAAUUUUUGCUCGCCUUUGUUUGGAAUCGUGGAUUUCUCAGUCUCACUCUCACUCUCGCAUCGGGCUUCCCGUUAUGGCCUUGUCUCCUGCUUUUGGAAUGGCCAGAUGGAGAGGCAGACCAAAACGGCAAAGCCGACCUUCGUCCUCAUCUGGCCAUUUCUUUGACGAUGAGCCCAUCUCGAUAUAGCGUCGAGACCAUCGGCAACUAUCAGAUCUACCACACGCGUUACGCAUCACAUAUCACAUCAGAACCACAUUUAGCUUUCCAGCUCCAGGAUGUACACGUCUCCAGCCCCUCUCUCCUUCCAAGGCGCCCCGUUUUCGGCGGAGAAAGGGAUCCAUUUUCGACGCCAUCCGCAUGGAAGCCCGGUUUAAGCGGAGAACAUGGUUCGGUUGCAGACCCAGCAGCAUGCCCUACAACGAUGACCGAUGCAAGGCCAGGCAAGGCCCUAUGCGAGCCGAAAGCCGCCGCACGAAUCUUCCUUGGCGAUGAGGCCAAGCGGCAGCCGCCUUGCAUACCACCUGCAUCCCUCUCCCUCUCCCUCUCUCUCUCUCUCUCUCUCUCUCUCUCUCUCUACCCACUCCGCGACGGCCUCCAGCUUCCCCUUCCCCCGAGCGCGUGUCCCCAAAGCAUGAUCAGCCAGCAUCUCGUUCCACUUUACCAUAAAACUCACCCUCGGUCCGCAUGCGGGCUUGGUCGUGCUCAAAAACAAAGAACACCAGCGGUGCACAGAUGGGUAGGACUGGCCCUGGCUGUCUUACCAAGUCAGCCAGCCACGUUUGUCCGCAAUACCUCCACCUCUGGCUCUUUGAAGCCCCUCGACAAGGGAAUACCUCGGUCAAGUUAUCAGCACGCCUGGAACCCUUUCGACAUCGUGGGCAUCACAUCAUCCAUCCCCGAUUUUGAGCCAGCCUGUCGGAAGUUCCAAUGGUCAUAUGUCUUAGAACGUCAGCCGGGCAGACCCAGACCCAGCUCACCGCAUGCCCCUCCUGGUCCCCGUCGGGUCUCGAUUCCGCCAGAAGAAAAGCUCUAG